UUAAAAUAGAUCUUUCUCUUUAUAAAAAGCAACAAUAAUUUCCACUGAUUUUACAAGGUUCCUUUCCAUCUCAAACUCUUCUUUGACUCUAAGAAGAACAUAUUAGUCUUUUAACUUUUAAGCCAAAUAGAAAUUAACACACUACUACCCUAUACCCUUUGGAAAUUAAGUACCAUGCCCAUAAGAAUUCCCAAUAGACUAAUACAGAAAAAGCUAUGGAGAAUAUUAGGAUUUUUUUCAAGUAUCAUUGGACUCAUUUCUUAUGCAAUAAGCUCUUCUUUCAAUCAACUUUUUGGAAAUUGGAACUUCAUCAAAAUCAUUAUCUACACAGUGGUAAGUUUCAGUAUCACUAGCAUGAUGUUAUUUUUGGAAAAAUGGAAACUUUCAAGGAGAUUCUUGCUAAAAGCUCAUUUAGGUGUUCUUGUUUUGUUACUCACAUCAUUUUACAGUUUUGUAUCCGAUUAUAAAACUUUGAAUCAAAAACCAGACUUAUUCAGUCUUAUUUCUUGUUCAUCUUUUGCUUUAAUGUGUUUUUGUUUAUCAAGACAAAUUGAUCUUGGUUUUGAAUCUGAUCUUCUUAAUUUCUUCCUUGGAAUGCUUACUAUUCAUUUGAUGAAAAUCAAUUUGAUGCUAUCUAUAGUCGCUGCAAUCUUCUGUUAUUCUCUUAUGGUUCUUCGUUCGAAAUUAGAUUCUCGACACGAAAUUGGAACAUUAAGAGUAGAAGAUGAUGUAGCUAUAGAAAUUGAUGCUGUAGAUAGAAACAAAAAUGAGUUCCAAUCUUUAAGAAGAAGAAUGAAUAAUAAUGAUGGUUAUAAUUGGAAAAGAUAUGAAGAAAAAUUUGCAAAAGGAAGUGAAAAUCAGAGAAGUUACUAUAAAUGUGUGGGGUCUAAUUGUGUUGUGAAGAAAAGAGUUGAAAGAAAUAUUGAUGGUGAAAUUAUUGAGACACUAUAUAAAGGUACACAUAAUCAUUGCAUGCCUACUGAUUCUACAAUGAAGAAGAAUUCAUCAUCUGAAUAUCUUUAUUCACUUUUGCCUUUAGAAACUGGCUCUAUUGAUUUUCCAGAUCAAUCAUUUGGUAGUGAACAAUUGGAUUCUGAUGAAGAACUUUCAAAAUCCUCAGUAGUAUCAAUAUGAAAUGUUGAGAAGGAAGUUGUUUGUAGUAGCUAUUUGAAUCUAGAGUUUGGGGCAUAGUAAAUUACAAAUCCAAUUGGACCAAUUGGAUGGUUAUUUUCCUUUAAGAAAAAACUUAUGUCAAAUUUUUUAUAUAAUAAUUAGAGGUAAGGAAAAUUGUGUAGAUUAAAAUUAUGGCCAGUUCCCUCGGCCGGUGUUGGAGUGUUUGGAUUUCCUCAGAUUUCUUGCAUCUUUGCAGCAAAAACGACAUUCCAUCCCAUUGUAAUAGAAUUCAGAUUUGGGCUUAACUUGACCGUAAAUAUUGCCUUCGCUUAUAAACAUUUCUCCAGGUCAUAUCAAUGAUGACAGCGAAAAGUAUAGCUGGUGGCCCGACGAAUUUUGAAGAUCCUCUGAUACCAUCUUUAAAGUAUAACCUUGAGUCGGUAGAUAAUCCGUGUUGACGGUAGCAUCGUUUGUCGUGCCAACGGGUCGCUAGUCUUGGUGUUUCUCAUGCUGGUGCUCAUACCAGUUAAUUGACCAUCCCUCGAUCUAGCUUUUGAUUGGGUCUGAGUUGCAUUCAACAAGACGUGAUUUGUCAAGAGAUUGGUAGAGGUCUCAUAUUGCCUCUACUUCAUUCUCAAUAUUCGUAUCAUUUCAUGAUUUCAGACGGUUUGCUUGAAAAAGCCGUCAUUGCUUGCUUCUAACUACAGGGAGUAGCAGUACGUGGACCGUUUCCUUGUUGACGUAUGGUCGGUUCAUUCGCCUAGAAUUUUUAUGACUUAUAUUUUCCUUUGGGAUUAACUAGAAGUUGGUAUGUUCAUAUUUCAUUGUCCUCGGACUUAUUGGGUUAGGUCUAUGUCCCCCGGUUUUUGUAUAUACUUUUUCCUGCUUUAUCCCCUGAUGUUUAGAUGCUCUUCACUUUAUAAAAAAAAAAUUCAGAUUUGGGCUUAACUUGACCGUAAAUAUUUCCUUCAAUUAUAAACAUUUCUCCAGGUUUUGUCAAUGAUGGCAGCAAAAACCGUAUAGCAUGUGGCCCAACGAAUUUUGAAGAUCCUCUGAUCCCAUCUUAAAAUUGGAAUUUCCUACAAUUCUUCAGAUCAUCUCACAUCCGUUGUGGACUAUUAAUAACAAACUCCAAAAGCCGACUGUCACAAUCGGAUUAAUCUUGCCUUUAUCGAAGAUAACCUUGUUUCGAGCUUUCCAAGUCUUCCACAAAAGAAUGUUUAACCUCUUUAUGUUGUUCUUGGGAUGAAUUUUGGAACUUGAUGUAAUCAGUUUCUGUUUUUUAAUUGAGUUUAAUUGUUGUGCACUGUCAGUGUAAAGAAUUUUUACACAUACAUCCAAUAAUGUGUUGCCACAUCAUUUAAUGAAUGUGACACAUCAUGUGUUUUUAAAUACCAUACAUGAUGUGUCGGUAUAUUAUUGGACGCAUGUGUAAAAUAACUUUACACUGACGGUGCAUAUAAAUUAAAUUCUUUUUAAUUAUAUAUACUUUUCAUCUAACGUCUGAUUUGUUAGGGCUCGUUUGGCCUAGAUUUUUUUAGAGCUUAUGCAAAUAGCUUAUGCAAUUUUUAUAUAUUAUUAUAUGUUUGUCAAGGUAGUUUAUGAUAAAAUAGCUUAUAAAAGGAUUUAAUUAAUAUGCACUGACGGUGUAAAAUAGUUUUACACUAUCAGUCAAUAUCAACCAUGUUUUCCGCCACAUCACCCCACUUUCUUGAUAUGACAUGGUAAAAUGAUGGUUGUUUAUUGGACGAUCGUAUAAAACUAUUUUACACUGUCGGUGCAUAUCAAUUAAACUCCUUAUAAAAUUACAAUUUUUACUAGUGUGAAUUUAUAAAAUUGCAUAAAAUAUAAUUUAUAUUGCAUAAGCUGUUUGCGUAAACUCUAAAAAAAACUGGGUCAAACGGGACCCUAGGUCAAUGCUUAAUGCUUUCCAUAACCAAUAGUCAUUGAAUCAAGGCUUUUUCUAACAUGAACAAAUGGUUCAUGUGGUGCACCAUGCACAAGUCUCGAAUAACAUUAUAACGAAUACGAAUUUUACAAAAUCGAUCGUUG